CUUCAAUAAUAUGCAGGUUUUUGGCAAAAUGAUCGAUUAAAUUAUGACGUGGCAAAAUCGGAGCAGAUGCCCAUACCUAUGUGGCAAGCAGGGUCUGGCAGUAUGAGGAGGCAGAGGAUGCCCAUAACUAGCUGACAGUUGAAAUUCAGCUCAGCUCAUUAAUUCUUUUCCAAAACUCGACAGCAUUCAUAACAUUGUAGAAAGACACACACAAGCCCUUUCAUUUCACAGUCAAUGCUCGUGACACUGGAACGUGAAAUUUGGAGUAAUGGAAUGCACGGGGAUCAUCAUAAUAUUUCAGCGUUAUAAACAACUACUGUAACAAUAGAACAGAGUAUCAUCUUUUUAAUAUGAAGAAAAGAAGUACAGCUCUGUUUCACUCUCUUUUAGUUAUGGAACUCAAUGUACUUCUUUUAUUGUUCUUCUUUAACUCGGUGAUGACUCAGUCACUGAGUUCCCACUCAGAGCACUCUGCAUUGUUCCAGCUCAGGUCAUCUUUAGGUAUCAAAGCCAAGUAUUGGCCUAGAAAAACUGACCCAUGUUCCCGUUGGGUUGGAAUUCACUGCCAAAAUGGCCGAGUCACUGGAAUUAACUUGUCCGAGUUGAAGCGAACUCGGGCGAGUCAACUCAGUCCUCAAUUUGCUGUUGAUGCUUUGUCAAGUUUUAGUCAUCUGGUGUUGUUAAAUACUACAGGGUUUAAGUUACCUGGGUCAAUACCUGAAUGGUUUGGGUUUAAUCUUACUACAAUUGAAGUUCUUGAUCUUAGGUUUAGUUCAAUUGUUGGGAGUAUUCCACAGUCAUUUGGUAGUUUGUAUAGGCUUAGUUUUAUCUGUUUGUCUGGAAAUUCUUUGACCGGAAAUAUACCUGCUUCAUUAGGCCAAUUGUCGGAAUUGUUAGUGAUGGAUCUUUCGGAUAAUUUGUUGACAGGAACAAUUCCUUUUGGUGCACCAUCUUUUAAUAAGAUUACUAAGAUAGAUCUUUCUUCGAAUUUCUUAUCCGGGCCUAUUCCGCCUGGUUUUGGUUCUCUCUCGGGUCUAGAAUCCUUGAAAUUGUCUAAUAAUAGUUUUACUGGUUCUAUUCCUGCCCAGUUGGGCAAUUUGUCCAAGUUGGUUGAACUUGAUCUUGGGUUCAAUUUUUUGUCCGGGUUGUUACCGAGGAGUUUUGGGAGGUUAGAAAGUUUGCGGAAGUUGGUGAUUGCGAAUAAUGGACUGGAUGGUCAGUUGCCUGGUAAUCUGUUUGCUAAUCUUACUCAACUGCAGUAUGUGGUUCUGAGUCAGAAUCAUUUUGAUGGCAUUGUUCCCAGAUUUUCCAUGCCUAGUCAGUUGCGUCAUUUUGAUGUAUCAGGCAAUAAUUUCACUGGUUAUUUGGUAAAUGUUACAGCAAUCUUCGGCAUCCCUGAUCGUUUGUUCAACUUAUCUAACAAUCAUAUAUAUGGAAAUCUUACUUCUUCAAUUGGAAAGUUUGGAAUACUAGAUCUUUCCAAUAAUUAUCUUCAGGGUGCAGCUCCAAAUGAGUCUGGAAGCAACAUUAUAGUUUCCGGGAAUUGCUUUUUGAGUUUGCCAGGCCAGAGAAGUUCAAAGGAUUGUAAAAUGUUUUAUGCACACAGGGGUCUAUAUGCUAGUAAUGAUAUUGGCUUGCAUCCAGUUGGACUUUCAUUGCACAGAACUCCAAGAAGGAAACAUCGGCUGACAUAUGUAUUGGUGGGAGUUUUUGGUGGACUUGGUUUCAUCGUAGUCUUAGCGUUGGUGUUGGUUGUGCUUCUAAAAGUAUGUGGCAAAAGAAAUAUUGAACAGAGAGGCACUUCUAAUGUUAGUCCAGCUCCUGAAGUUGGCAACGUUCAACCUCCUAAAGCUUCUACGUUUUCUUGUCCUGGGGAAUUAUUUACGUACAAGCAGAUCCUCCAAGCCACAAAAGACUUCAGUGAUACAAAUUUUAUUAAGCACGGCCACUCAGGAGACCUGUUCCGAGGAACAUUAGAAGGCGGUUUUGCUGUAGUAAUUAAGAAAGUUGAUGUGUGUUCCUUUCCUAAAGAAUCUUAUACACUGGAGUUGGAAUUUUUUAAUAAAUUCUCCCACACAAGAUUGGUCCCUCUUUUAGGGUACUGCUUGGAGCAAGAGGAUGAAAAAUUCUUUGUUUACAAACAUAUGCCAAAUGGAGAUCUGUCUAAGUGCUUGUAUAGACCAAUAGGUUUAAAAGAUGCAAGUAUCCAUUCUUUAGAUUGGAUCACUAGAUUGAAAAUUGCGAUAGGAGCUGCUGAAGGUUUAUCUUACCUACAUCAUGAGUGUAACCCUCCUCUGGUUCACAGGAAUGUCAAAGCAACCAGUAUCCUUCUUGAUGACAAAUAUGAAGUUCGACUUGGUAGCUUGAGUGAAGUUCGUUCUCAAGGAGGGGAGAAUCAUCAUAACAUGAUCACACGAUUGCUGCGGAUACAGAGCGGUGAGCAAGGAGCUUCUGGGCCCUGUACUACCAGUGCUUGUGAUGUAUACUGUUUUGGAAAGGUCUUGCUUGAGCUGGUGACGGGUAAACAUGGCAUCAGUGAGACAGAUGAUGCCUCAACAAAGGAAUGGUUAGAGCACAAUCUGUCAUAUAUCAGCAUAUACGACAAGGACCAGGUGGCUAAGAUCAUUGAUCCCUCACUGAUCAUAGACGACGACCUCCUGGAAGAAGUAUGGGCAGUGGCAAUAGUAGCCAAGUCAUGCCUCAAUCCCAAAGCUUCCAGACGGCCUCUGAUGCGACAUAUCCUCAGAGCACUGGAAAACCCUUUCAAGGUGGUACGGGAAGAACAUUUCAGCUCUGCAAGAACGACUUCGUCAAGGAGGUCCUGGAGUGCCACUUUCUUUGGUAGUUGGCGCCACAGCUCAUCAGGAAGUAACCAAGCAAAUAGAGAUAUUAUAUCUGCACUCAAACAGUCCGGAAGAGUAGGGUCUCAGAGUAGUGGUAUGCAUGAGUCAUCGUCUUCUCGUAAAAGAUUAUCUAGUGAAAUCUUUCCUGAACCAAUGGAAAUGCAAGAUGUAGAGAGGCAAGACAAUGUUCAUCGAUAAUUAUGGUCACUUGUAUGAAACUUAUUAGAUGCAAUUAGACAGACAAUAUUUAUUAAAUCUGUGUAUAGCAUUUGUUGUUUCUCAGAAGUUCUGGAAGGAGUUUUAUGAAACUGUGUGAUGGCUAUAUAUCUAUAUAUACAUGUUUCAGGUGCCACUUUUAAAUUAAC